AUGAGGACGAAAGAUCUCUGCUGGCAAAGGGGACAAAUUCUAUACCCACAACACCCACCACGGAUGAAUUCACUUCUUAAGAAGAUACUGAGAAACUUUUCAGCCGCCUACACCUUAAAGCGCUUCUCACUGAGGACUCAUCCAGAGUUACGACCGGUAGUGAUGCCCCAAGUGAAGUCACGAAUGACAAUCUUUCACACCGCUGUGAUGGUGUUUCCUUUGGUCCUAAUGGUGACUCUUUUAACGAAACUGACCAACCAAGCAGACCCAAUGAUGAUAUUUUCGAAUCCUUAAAACCCAAGCGGAGUAAGUGGACUCCUCAACAAGGUCAAUUCUCAGCCUUGGACCACUAUAUUGACAAAUGUCGCAGGGAAGGAAACAAACUAGACUUCAAACGAAAACAUACGCGGUGCAACCUUACUCCGGGAGAACAAGAGGCCUCACGGAGACUGCGAAGUAGAACUGACGUUAUAUUCCGACCUGCGACAAAGGUGGGGCUUUUGUAGUUUGGAGUAAAGACCUCUACUUGGCUGAGGCUUUAAAAAAAGCUAUCGGACGAACGGUUUUACCACCAAAUAGCCGAGGAUGCUACCGGGGAACACCAGGUUUUGGUCCGCUCAUUUAUACAGCAGGCUAUGGAGGCCAAACAACUUCCACCAUCAGCAACUAGCCUUGUUGUUGAAUGUCCUCGUACUUCUAAAUUUUAUUUGUUGCCUAAGAUACACAAACCUGGCAACCCUGGGCGGCCAACUGUCUCUGCUUGCGCAUGUCCUACAGAGAAAUUAGCUUUAUAUCUCGACAAGGUAACAGCUCCCUUCGUGCGCGGCCUGGAGAGUUACGUGAAAGACACCACCCAUAUGCUGAACAUAAUAGACUCUUUUCGUUUCAGCAAUGACGGGGGGGCAGCGUUUGGUGUUCAAAAUGGACAUCAAAUCACUGUAUACAGUCAUUACCAACGAUGA